UGUUUAUAUUCAGCAGUAUUAUUCCUUGACAUCAAUUAUUGCCUACUAUAAAAAAAUAUAAUAAAACCUUGUACAUUUGUUUAAUACACUCUUUUUCUAUUAUUCAUUUAAGUUUCAUUGUCAUUUCAUUUAAUUCAUAAAUAAUUUCUCAUACUCAUAUACAAAGAAUGUUUUUAUAAGAUAAUAAUUUAUAACAGAGGAUAAAUAGCAAGUGCUAAAAUUAUACCAGAUAACAAUUAUAGACUCAGGUUUAACUAAAUCCUUAUAAUUGGCUAAAAAAGAACUAAUGGAGCCAAGAGUUCUUUCCAUCCAAAGUCAUGUGGUGUCUGGAUAUGUUGGAAAUAAAAGUGCAGUUUUUCCUAUGCAGAUUUUAGGUUUCGAUGUAGAUUUUGUUAAUUCAGUACAGUUUUCAAAUCACACUGGAUACUCAAGUGUAAAGGGUCACGUAAUUACAGAAAAUGAAUUGGAGGAAUUAUUUAUUGGCUUAAAAGAAAAUGGCAUAGCUCGAUAUACCCAUUUACUUACUGGUUAUGUUGGUUCUCCUGGAUUUCUAAAACAAAUCGCUAACAUACUUCAACAUCUAAAACAUGAGAAUCCUAACAUAAUAUAUGUGUGUGAUCCUGUUAUGGGAGAUAAUGGUGAAAUGUAUGUACCCCAAGAACUUUUGCCAAUUUAUAAGGAUAUAAUUUUGCCUUUAGCAACUGUACUAGUUCCAAACUUAUAUGAAACUGAGCAGCUAACAGAUAUUAAAAUUGAUACUGAGGAAAAGGUAUGGGAGGCUAUAGAAGUACUGCAUAAAAAGGGAAUACAGGUUGUGUGUGUAACAUCUCUCGAGCUACCUGUCUGUAAGGGUAAAAUAUGCAUUUUUGCUAGUUCAAAAAAGAAAGGGCAUGAGAGUGAUCUUAGACUUAAGAUGACUAUUCCAAAGAUUAAUGAGACAUUUACAGGCUCAGGAGAUCUGUUUGCCGCUUUACUACUUUGUUUUUUGUAUAAAAGUGGAUCUAACCUUAAAGACUCUUUAGAGAAAACUGUGGCUGCUUUACAGGCAGUGUUAACAAGAACAUUCAAUUUUACUAGUGGAAAACCUUCGCUACCUCAAUAUAAGGAGUUGCGGCUUAUUCAAAGCAAAGAUGACAUAAUGAAUCCUAAGGUGGUAUACAAAGCAACAGUCGUAGAGAAGAAAAAGUAGAAUUUUUUUUUUAUUUCAUAACUUAGUAAAAUUGUUUUCAAAGGGCUGCGUGAACGGCACAUAUACAUAAACGUGAAUUUGUGUGAGCAUUUGUAGAUUUUGGCUUAUCUGACAAUAAGAACUUAAUGUUUUGACCAACUCCAUGACUAGUUUUACUUAAUUCUGGCACGGGAGCAUUUAUUAUAUAAUACAACUCAUUUUAUGAACCAAAGUCUUCCAUAUUAUGUAGCAUGUAAUAGCUGAUAAUUUAGGUUAAAUCUUUUUUGUUACGUUUGAUUGUUAUGUUCAGAUUUUUAUGUAUCGAAUAAAAAUGUUAAACUUA